AUGCCAUCUUCCGCUACUUCUUCGGCCGCGACUUCGACGAAUAAUGACAUAAAUGUGAGCAUUGAAUAUUUUAUAGCGAGAUUGAAGAGAAGGCAGAUUGAUGAUACCUAUGCCAUGGCUCUAGAGACUUUACAACUCUUGAAAAGGUUCAUCUCAGCAGCUCGUUGGAAUCAUGUCACUGAAUUGAUUGAACAAAUAAGGCAGCUAGCUGAUAGGUUGGAAAAAGCUCAACCUGCUGCAUUUUGUUGUGGUAACGUAAUAAGAAGAGUAUUGGCAGUGAUAAGAGAUGAACUCGAAGAAGACUUGCGUGAUACAAUGGUUACCACCGCAGCUACCACAAAUACAGUUGCGGAGCCCAUGAUCUCAUCAAUGUUUAACCUGUUACAAAAGCCAGAACACCAGCAGCAACAACAGCAACAGACACAGGAACAACAACAACAACAACAACAACAUAAAUUACAAAGAAAUCAUAAAUCAAAAACUGAUUUCCGUCAAGUAGCAAUCCAAGGUAUAAAGGACCUGAUAGAUGAGAUUACUAACAUAGACGAUGGUAUCCAACAGAUCGCGAUCGAUUUGAUUCACGAUCACGAAAUCUUAUUGACACCAACACCUGAAUCGAAGACCGUUUUAAAAUUUUUAAUUAAAACAAGGGAAAGAAGUAACAGAACCUUCACGGUUCUAGUUACAGAGGGGUUCCCUAACAAUACUUCCAAGGCUCACGAAUUUGCCAAGAAAUUGGCUCAGCAUAACAUCGAAACUAUUAUUAUACCAGACUCUGCAGUAUUUGCACUAAUGUCUCGAGUCGGUAAGGUCAUUAUCGGUACCAAGGCUGUGUUUAUCAAUGGUGGUACUAUUGCCUCGGCAAGUGGCGUAUCAUUGGUAUGCGAGUGUGCUCGUGAAUUUAAAACACCGGUUUUUGCAGUGGCAGGUUUAUACAAACUUUCACCACUUUAUCCAUUUGAUGUGGAGAAACUGGUCGAAUUUGGCGGUUCCAAGAAAGUCCUACCACAUAUGGAUCCACAUAAGAGGCUCGAUAUUAUCAACCCCAUUACUGCAUACGUCCCUCCUGAGAACAUCGACAUCUACAUUACAAACAUUGGUGGGUUUGCACCAAGUUUCAUUUACCGUAUUGCUUGGGAUAAUUAUAAGCAGGUUGAUGUCAAUGUUGGUCAAGCACCUUAA